AUGUCGUCCAUCCCGCCCACCCACCGCGCCCUGCGCCAGGACAUCUACGCCCAGCCCCCAACGGUGCAACAGAUCCCCACGCCCCAACCGACCCCCGGGUCUGCGGUGCUACGCGUGCUCACGGCCUCGGUGAUCAGCUACACCAAGGACAUCUACAACGGGGUGCGGCAGUACCCGUACCCGACGCCGCUGACACUGGGGCAGACGGCCCUGGCUCGUGUAGUGGCGCCGGGACCGGACGCGACGACACUGAACGUCGGGGAUCUGUGCUUGCUGGACGUGACGAUCCGUGGGCGCGACGACGUCGGCCGCGCCGCGGGGGCUACCUUCCUCAGCGCCAUCGCGGCAGGCGGCACCCCGGCCGCGGCCAAGCUGUUCCGCGACGCCUGGCGCGACGGCACCUACGCCGAGUACGUGCGCUGGCCGCUGGAGAACUGUUUCGUGCUCGAUGAACAAAAGCUUGUCACCAAGCUUGGCUAUCGGCGGGAAGACCUGAUGUUCAUCCCCAAGAUGAUGGUCGCCUACGGCGGGCUGGGACCCUUGUGCACCGACCUCAAGCCAGGCGAGACCGUCGUCGUCAGCCCCGCGACCGGUGGGUUCGGAUCUGCGGCUGUGCACCUGUGUCUGGAGCUGGGCGCGGGCAGAGUUAUAUGCAUGGGGAGAAACCAGGACAUUCUGGCGCAGCUGAAGAAUGCGACCGCCCCGGAGAAGAGGGCGAGGGUUGAAACCAUCCCUCUCACCGGGGACUGGGAGACUGACUUGAAGGCGCUGAAGGGCCUAGGCGGCGUGAUCGACGUCUUCUUCGACAUUUCGCCACCUGCGGCCGCAGACUCCCAGCACCUCAAGGCCGGGGUGCACGCCCUGAGACACGGCGGCAGGAUGUGCCUAAUGGGUGGAGGGAACCACGACGUGGCCCUACCGCAUGGCAUGUUGAUGCGCAAGGACAUCACCGUCAAGGGCAAGUGGAUGUACGAACCUACCGACGUGAAGCGCCUGAUCGGCCUCGUGGAGUCUGGCGUCGUCAAGCUGCACAGAGACGCCGACAGUGUCAAUCCGCCCGGGUCGAAGGUGGUGGCCAAGUUCAAGCUGGAGGAGUGGGAACAGGCGUUCGACACGGCGGAGAAGCAGGGCAAGAGUGGAGGUAUUAUCGUGAUGGAGCCGUGA